AUGGCUUGUACUAAUGCUUCUCAACAGGUUCAAACUAAUGGAGACCAAACGCUGGAAGAACUCAACAAACAACAUGCUAAUCUGCUCGAGAGACUGAAAAUUGAAAAGAGACGAGCUGAAGAGCUUAAGCACAUUAAGCUCCUGAAAAUCGAAAACCUUAGCUUCAACGAGUUAAUGGUAGUGAAGAAGUCGCUGGAAGAUCUCAAGAAAGUGGUGGACAGGAGAAGGAUGGAACUCCUGGCAUCAGAAGCGUCAAGUUCAACUCCAUGCCCAAGAGCUAUUGAUGCCUCUAUGAUUAGCCAAAUUAAUGAUAAGGGCUGUGAUUCUCGUGGAGCAGAAGCUGGUGAUAAGUAA